AUGGCGGACCCGGCGGAGUGCAACAUCAAAGUGAUGUGUCGCUUCAGACCGCUCAACGAGUCCGAAGUGAACCGCGGCGAUAAAUACAUCGCCAAGUUUCAGGGAGAAGACACGGUCAUGAUCGCGUCCAAGCCUUAUGCAUUUGACCGGGUGUUCCAGUCAAACACAUCUCAAGAGCAAGUGUAUAAUGACUGUGCAAAGAAGAUCGUUAAAGAUGUACUUGAAGGCUACAAUGGAACCAUAUUUGCAUAUGGACAAACAUCCUCUGGGAAGACACACACAAUGGAGGGUAAACUUCAUGAUCCAGAAGGCAUGGGAAUUAUUCCAAGAAUAGUGCAAGAUAUUUUUAAUUAUAUUUACUCCAUGGAUGAAAAUUUGGAAUUUCAUAUUAAGGUUUCAUAUUUUGAAAUUUAUUUGGAUAAGAUAAGGGACCUGUUAGAUGUUUCAAAGACCAAUCUUUCAGUUCAUGAAGAUAAAAAUCGAGUUCCUUAUGUAAAGGGAUGUACAGAGCGUUUUGUAUGUAGUCCAGAUGAAGUUAUGGACACCAUAGAUGAAGGAAAAUCUAACAGACAUGUAGCAGUUACAAAUAUGAAUGAACAUAGCUCUAGGAGUCACAGUAUAUUUCUUAUUAAUGUAAAACAAGAGAACACGCAAACGGAACAAAAGCUGAGUGGAAAACUUUAUCUGGUGGAUUUAGCUGGUAGUGAAAAGGUUAGUAAAACUGGUGCUGAAGGUGCUGUGCUGGAUGAAGCUAAGAACAUCAACAAGUCCCUUUCUGCUCUUGGAAAUGUCAUUUCUGCUUUGGCUGAGGGUAGUACAUAUGUUCCAUAUCGCGAUAGUAAAAUGACGAGAAUCCUUCAAGAUUCCUUAGGUGGGAACUGUAGAACCACUAUUGUAAUUUGCUGCUCUCCUUCAUCGUACAAUGAAUCUGAAACAAAAUCUACACUCCUGUUUGGUCAGAGGGCCAAAACAAUUAAGAACACAGUUUGUGUCAAUGUAGAGUUAACUGCAGAACAGUGGAAAAAGAAGUAUGAAAGAGAAAAAGAAAAAAAUAAGACCCUCCGAAACACCAUUCAGUGGCUUGAAAAUGAACUCAACCGAUGGCGUAAUGGAGAGACAGUGCCUAUUGAUGAACAGUUUGAUAAAGAGAAAGCCAACUUGGAAGCUUUUGCAGUGGAUAAGGAUAUUACUAUUACCAAUGAUAAGCCAGCAGCCACAAUUGGAGUUACUGGAAACUUUACUGAUGCUGAAAGAAGAAAGUGUGAAGAAGAAAUUGCUAAACUGUACAAACAACUUGAUGACAAGGAUGAAGAAAUUAAUCAACAGAGCCAAUUGGUAGAAAAACUGAAGACACAAAUGCUGGAUCAGGAAGAGCUUCUGGCAUCUACCAGAAGAGAUCAAGAUAAUAUGCAGACUGAGCUGAAUCGCCUUCAGGCAGAAAAUGAUGCCUCUAAGGAAGAAGUAAAGGAAGUUUUACAAGCCUUAGAAGAACUUGCUGUCAACUAUGAUCAGAAGUCUCAGGAAGUUGAAGACAAAACUAAGGAAUAUGAAUUACUUAGUGACGAGCUGAAUCAGAAAUCGGCAAGUUUAGCAAGUAUAGAUGCUGAGCUUCAGAAACUUAAGGAAAUGACCAACCACCAGAAAAAAAGAGCAGCAGAGAUGAUGGCAUCUUUACUAAAGGACCUGGCAGAAAUAGGAAUUGCUGUGGGAAACAACGACGUAAAGCAGCCGGAGGGAACUGGCAUGAUAGAUGAAGAAUUCACUGUUGCAAGGCUCUACAUUAGCAAAAUGAAGUCAGAAGUAAAAACCAUGGUAAAACGCUGCAAACAGUUAGAAAGCACACAAACUGAGAGCAACAAAAAAAUGGAAGAAAAUGAAAAGGAGUUAGCAGCAUGCCAGCUUCGUAUCUCUCAACACGAAGCCAAAAUCAAAUCAUUGACUGAGUAUCUUCAAAAUGUGGAGCAAAAAAAAAGACAGCUGGAGGAGUCUGUUGAUUCCCUCAGUGAAGAGCUAGUCCAGCUUCGAGCACAAGAGAAAGUGCAUGAGAUGGAAAAGGAGCACUUGAAUAAGGUUCAGACGGCAAAUGAAGUUAAGCAAGCUGUUGAACAGCAGAUCCAAAGCCACAGAGAAACUCAUCAAAAACAAAUUAGUAGUUUGAGAGAUGAAGUUGAGGCAAAAGAAAAACUUAUUACUGAUCUUCAAGACCAAAACCAGAAAAUGAUGUUAGAGCAAGAACGCCUGAGAGUAGAACAUGAAAAGUUGAAAGCUACAGAUCAGGAAAAGAGCAGAAAACUACAUGAACUUACGGUUAUGCAAGAUAGACGAGAACAAGCAAGACAAGACCUGAAAGGUUUAGAAGAGACAGUGGCAAAGGAACUUCAGACUCUACACAACCUGCGGAAGCUCUUUGUUCAGGACCUGGCCACCAGGGUGAAAAAGAGUGCCGAGAUUGAUUCAGAUGACACUGGAGGCAGUGCUGCUCAGAAGCAGAAAAUCUCCUUUCUUGAAAAUAAUCUGGAACAACUCACCAAAGUCCACAAACAGCUGGUACGUGAUAAUGCAGAUCUUCGCUGUGAGCUCCCUAAGCUGGAAAAGCGACUCAGAGCUACAGCUGAGAGGGUGAAAGCUUUGGAGUCUGCGUUGAAAGAAGCGAAAGAAAAUGCAUCUCGUGAUCGCAAACGCUAUCAGCAGGAAGUAGAUCGUAUAAAGGAAGCAGUCAGAUCAAAGAAUAUGGCUAGAAGAGGACAUUCUGCACAGAUUGCUAAACCUAUUCGUCCCGGGCAACAUCCAGCAGCUUCUCCAACUCAUCCAAGUGCGAUUCGUGGAGGAGGUGCAGCAGCUAAGCCUGAGCACCACAUCUGUCGAUCCUGUGCUCUACAUGAAGAGAAGCCACCACAGUGA